AUGUCAUUUAAAGAAGGUUCUAAAUUCCCAGAAGGUGUUGAAUUCACCUAUAUUCCAAUUCAAUUAGAAGAUUUAACUUUAAUUGAUCCAACAAAAUGUCAAUCCACAACCACUUUGAAAAUUGAUGAUAUCUUGACUAAAUUAUCUCAAUCUGAUGAAUCUUCUAAGCUUGUUUUUGUCUCUGUACCAGGUGCCUUCACUCCAACUUGUACAGAAUCACAUGUUCCUGGGAUAUUAGAAAAUUUGGACAAAUUGAAAAGUAAAAAUGUUGGUGCUAUUGUUGUUCUUGCUGUGAAUGAUGCAUUUGUAGUUAAUGCCUGGGGUAAAAUAUUAAUUAAAGAAUACGUUAAACAAUCAAACAAUAUCCCAGAAAUUUAUUUUGCUAGUGAUGGUGGAUUUAGUGGUAAAUAUGAUUUGGCAGCUGAUAGAGGUGGGGUUUUUAGAAAUAAAAGAUAUGCAGCUAUUGUUGAUUCAAAAUCUAGAGAUGUUUCUUAUUUAGGUGUUGAAACUGAAAGAGGUGUUCAUGUCUCUGGUGUUGAUGCUCUUUUAGCUAAAUUGUGA